CUUAACUCCAGUGAAAAUCUUCCCGACUUCACCGAACCGUCUAUAAUCCCUCCAGGCUGCCCAGCAGAGGUCAUACCAAAAUGCCAAUUGAAAUCCUGACAACUGCAUCUGAUGAUGGUCACGUCCUAGCUGACGUUUUCUUUGCCGCAUUUAACACCGACUUUGACCGUCGCAUUCUCCCUCCUACGCCUGAUGUCCGGGACUGGCUCGCCGCCAAAUUCAACCGCGUCAGCAAAGGGCAAUAUGUGAAUCCCGCUGGCCCUGUUCUCAUUAAGGCGGUUGAUACGGCUACCGGUGAUGUUGUUGGAUUCGCACAGUGGAAGCUUCCUUCCACUGAGUUUCCCCCGUCCGGGGAAAAUGUAGAGAAGGAAAAGAAACCGGUGUGGCCGACGAGUGGUGACACUGCACUGUGUGAGAAGCAUUUCAAGGCGAUAGACGAAAAAGAGGUGGAGUUCAUGGGAUCGAUACCUCAUUUUUCACUGGAUACGCUUGCGACUCACCCCAAGUUUGGUGGCCGAGGCAUAGGCAGUCAGCUUUUGGGUUGGGGACUACAGGAGGCUGAUGAUGAGUGUAAGCCCACAUUCUUAACAGCGACUGUGGCUGGCAAGCCCUUGUAUGAAAGGAAGGGAUUCCAGGUUGUGGGAUCAAAUGAGAUCACGGAUGGAUUCGUACAGAUUUACAUGGUUAGACCGGCGAAGGCCUAGACUUGCAUGUAUCAAUUUAAUGAUCGCCAUGUACCUUAUUGUAAUAUCAAGGACGCACAUAUAAGUGUCAGAAAGUCAGAUAAA